CGGCGGCGGCGGGGCGAUGGCGGCAGAGAGCGGCCGGGGCGGUCAGCGGCGGCGGCUGCGGCUGUGAGCGGUGGCGGCGAUGCGCGGCGCUCCCGGCGAGCAUGGAGGACCGGUCCCACAAGGUGCUGCUGGCGCUGGUGAUGCUCUUCCUCUUCGCCGUGAUUGUGCUGCAGUACGUGUGCCCGGGCACCGAGUGCCAGCUCCUGCGGCUCCGUGCGCUCAGCCCCGCCGCCGCCGCCGACCCGUACCGGGCGGAGGACGAGACCCCGGCGCGGUUUGUUCCCCGUUUCAAUUUCUCCGCCGGAGACUUGCUGCGGAGGGUGGACUUCAACAUCAAAGGGGACGACCUGAUCGUGUUCCUGCACAUCCAGAAGACGGGCGGCACCACGUUCGGCCGGCACUUGGUCCGCAACAUCCAGCUGGAGCAACCGUGCGAGUGCCGCGCCGGGCAGAAGAAGUGUACCUGCCACCGGCCCGGCAAGCGGGAGACAUGGCUGUUCUCCCGCUUCUCCACCGGCUGGAGCUGCGGACUGCACGCCGACUGGACCGAGCUCACCAACUGCGUGCCCUCCGUGGUGGACAGCAAGAAGGAGGUGCGGCUCCGGCCCUCCAGGAAUUUCUACUACAUCACCAUCCUGCGUGACCCGGUCUCCCGGUACCUGAGCGAAUGGCGCCAUGUCCAGCGAGGAGCCACAUGGAAAGCAUCCCUGCACGUGUGCGACGGCCGGUCCCCCACCACUGAGGAGCUGCCCAGCUGCUACACAGGGGAUGACUGGUCAGGCUGCUCCCUGCAGGAGUUCAUGGAUUGCCCUUACAACCUCGCCAACAACCGCCAGGUCCGCAUGCUCUCUGACCUCAGCCUGGUGGGAUGCUACAACCUGUCAGUGAUGCCCGAGGAGCAGAGAAACAAGGUUCUGCUGGACAGUGCCAAGGAGAACCUGAAGCGCAUGGCCUUCUUCGGCCUGACGGAGUUUCAGCGCAAGACUCAGUAUCUCUUUGAGAAGACUUUCAACAUGAACUUCAUCUCGCCGUUCACACAGUACAAUAGCACAAGGGCCUCCAGCGUGGAGAUAGACGAGCAGACUCAGCGGCGCAUUGAGGCUCUCAAUUUUUUAGACAUGGAAUUGUACGACUAUGCAAAAGACCUGUUUUUGCAGCGGUACCAGUACAUGCGGCAGAAGGAGCACCAGGAAGCGCGGCGGAAACGCCAGGAGCAGCGCAAGAUCCUGCGGGCCAAGCAAGCGCUCCUGAGGGAGCAGGGCGAGAAUAGCUCCAGCACUGACUACAUUGGGAAUGUGGAGCGGUGGCGGCGGUAGUUGGGGGGCACAUGCCAGGCACUGGACAUGAAGCAGAACUCACCCCAGCCCGCACAUGGGACACGACAGUGAUGCUUCUUGAGGGUUUGAAGCGAAAAAGAAGGUUAAAAACGUUGCCUUUGCAGUUGCCUUUGUUGUACUGUACGUGGAACACUUAAUCUUAGUGUGUAACUGAACUGUCCUUUUUAGGUUUCGGUGGCAGGAGCCAAGCAGGCUCAUCGGAAAUGGUUGCUUGGACGUUUAUUUAAAAGAAAAGGGAAUAAAAAGAAAAUCCUGAUGUGAGUUCUGGGUACAAAAUGGGAUGCUGGAAAAUGUGUGUGAUGCUCGGCUGAAAUCUCUCUGGAAAGCAAACUCAUUUCCUAAUAGCGAGCAUUUAGCAUACUCUCACAAUACAGUAUAUGAGCAAAAGCUGUUCCCUUUGAUUUUAUCUUCAUUUUGUUUGAAUAAUGUGCUUUCAAGGGCACCAACUGCUUCUCAUAUUUACCAAGUUAAUGAAUGGACAGUGAAGGGGACAAUAAUGGUCUAGAGAAAAUAUUGACUAGUUUUCUGUAUAAUAUUGGCUUUUAAAAGGAAUAGAAGUAAUUUCUCUAGUUAUAUAAAUAUUGGAAAUUUUAAACUUUUUCUACCUACUGCUGUUUAGAGUUUUAAGCUUGGUCUAUCUCAUAUUAAUCAUAAUGAAGACAUACAUGCUUUUUGGAACUCAAAUGCCAAUGUUAAAGACGCUGUUCCCAGCAGCUUUCAGGGCAGUUUGAUUUUAACCAUUCUGGAAAAGUUACAGCAUAUUUUCACGUUUGUUUCAUAAAGUCUCUUCCAAAUUCGAACCUUAGGGCAGUGUCUCAUUUUAAGUCUUUCUUACCCAUUAGAAUACGCAAUGCUGAAUUUCUCAUUCCUUAAUAAUUGGUGGCAUAAACUAGAUGAAAUUAUGUUGCGGCUAUUUGUGUAGUGUCUCUAAAAAGUCAUAAACCUCUCCAAUCCCAGCAAUAUUCCGAAGAGAAUUGCUCAAUUAGGGAAGUAGAUUUACACUUGAAUUAGGAUUUACUUCAAGUAAAUCUUUGCUACACCAGAUAAGAACAGGGCUUUUUCUCUUUUUCCCUACACUCUUAAGCCCUUCUUAGCGAUGAGAGGUGAGUGAUGACUAAAAAUGACGGACACCAGUUUUACCAUAGCCAUAAUUAGACAGGGUGAGAAGGUUGCACAGGGAUGCAGCAGCUUCCUAUCCCUGAGUAGGCUUUGCUUGGGGCACAGGGUGCAGAGCUGGAGCUGGACCCACAGCCCUUCAGCCUCACCAAGACAGAGCAGGAGAGGAGAUGGGGCCGGAGGUAUGAGGGGCUUCUAUAAAUCUCUAUGCAAAAAACACAAGGAAGAAAACCUCUGUGAGGCUUGUGAUCUACAUUCAGCAAGUUCAGAUGUUCUGUAGUAGCCUGCAAUGCUCCUCAGCUUGGCACUAACUUGGCGAUCUCAGUGCGGGCACAUGGGGAUGGAGACACCCCAGCAGGGUACUCCUUAUCCCAACGCACACGAUGCUUACAAGGCUCACUUGCACUAUUGCCUUUUGCCUGUAAUAUCCUAUACACCAAGAGGGAUGGGGGGGGGGGGGCAUAAAA